AUGAUCCGAGCAAGCAGCAAGCCAAUCUCAAUCUUGAAUCGACAGCCUAUCGCCAGACCAUCAGCCAUCCUUCAUCCGAAUCACUUCAGCUCGACCGCUCGACAACAGGCUGAAAUCGAACUGGAAAUCGAUGGCAAAAAGGUGACUGUCGAACAAGGGAGCGCUCUCAUUCAGGCAUGCGAGAAAGCCGGUGCGACCAUCCCAAGGUUUUGUUAUCAUGAUCGGUUGGCUAUCGCAGGAAAUUGCAGGAUGUGUCUGGUUGAGGUAGAGAAAUCACCUAAACCUGUGGCAUCAUGCGCGAUGCCAGCCAUGCCAGGGUCCAAAGUAUUCACAAAUACACCUUUGGUACACAAGGCCAGAGAAGGCGUGAUGGAAUUCUUACUGGCAAACCACCCGCUUGAUUGCCCGAUUUGCGACCAAGGAGGUGAAUGUGAUCUUCAAGAUCAAUCGAUGCGUUACGGCUCGGAUCGCUCGAGAUUCAAAGAGUACACUGGCAAACGUGCUGUCGAGAACAAAAACCUAGGCCCGAUCGUCAAGACAGUCAUGACAAGAUGUAUCCAAUGCACCCGUUGCGUUCGGUUCGCGAAUGAAGUCGCCGGUGUCGACGAAUUCGGGACGACCGGUCGUGGGAAUGACAUGCAGAUCGGGACCUACAUCGAAAAAACUCUUAACAGUGAACUCAGCGGGAACAUUAUCGAUUUAUGUCCAGUUGGCGCCCUGACUUCAAAACCAUAUGCUUUCACUGCCCGUCCCUGGGAGCUCAAACUAACCGAAUCGAUCGAUGUCAUGGACGGCUUGGGUAGCAACAUUCGAAUCGACUCCCGAGGUUUGCAAGUCAUGAGAAUCCAGCCUAGAAUCAAUGAGGAUGUCAACGAAGAGUGGAUCCAUGACAAAACCCGUUACGCCUACGAUGGCUUGAAAACUCAGCGGCUCACGGUCCCCUUGAUCAAGACUGAUGGCAAGUUCCAACCGGCUACUUGGGCUGAAGCCUUGACCGCCGUCGCCGAAGGCUUUAAGGAAUCCGGUGCCAAGAAUAACGAAAUCAAGGCCAUUGCUGGUGCGCUGGCUGAUACCGAAUCUCUGGUAGCCCUGAAGGAUCUUCUCAACAAGUUAGGAUCGGACAAUACCGCUCUAGAAAACCCUUCGGGCGAUACUUCUCCAGCGCAUGGUGUCGAUUUCAGACAGAAUUACGCUUUCAAUUCGACCAUCGUUGGCGCCGAUGAAGCUGAUUUCGUCUUGCUAGUGGGAACUAACCCACGUCACGAGGCAGCCGUACUGAACAGUCGAUUCCGAAGAUCUUGGUUGAACAAGGGCUUACGAGUUGGCUUGAUUGGACAGAAAUUCGACAGUGUAUUCGAAUUCGAUCAUCUUGGUGCCGACCUUCGGGCCGUCAAGGAAUUCGUCUCAGGAAAUGGGAAAUUUGCUCAAUCUUUCAAGAAUGCUAAGAAGCCGAUGAUCAUCGUCGGAAGUGCGGUUAAUGAUCAUGCGGAUGGUCAUGAGAUUUUCAGGUCAUUGGCCGGUUUUGUUGAAGCUCACCAAGCACAAUUCUUAACACCGGAAUGGAACGGCUUUAAUGUUCUCCAGCGCACGGCAUCAAGCACGGCGGCUUACGAUGUUGGAUUUGUUCCGACGAACUCGGCCAGUCAAGCCCAAGCGAAAUUCAUCUACCUCUUGAACGCGGAUGAUUUCGAUCCCAGCAGGAUCCCGAAGGAUGCAUUUGUUGUCUACCAAGGCCAUCACGGAGACCUGGGAGCGAGUUAUGCCGAUGUCUGUUUACCUGGCACAGCUUACACGGAAAAAUCAGCCACCUGGGUCAACACCGAAGGGCGGAGUCAGUUGGGACGCACCGCGGUCUCCUCGCCCGGCUCGUCACGAGAGGAUUGGAAGAUCGUCCGGGCGGUCUCGGAGGUCUUGAAUGUCGCGUUGCCCUAUGAGGAUCCGAUCCAGCUGAAGAAUCGGAUGUGGGAGGUCUGUCCAAGUCUCAUUCGAUACGACGAGUUGGUCCCGAGCUCGACUGCCCUCGAAGCCGUCCAAUCCAUCGCCUCUACUCAAGCACCCUCUCACCGCUCGAAAGCUUCCCUCAAAACCGGCGCCUUGGGCUUGCCCAUCAAAGACUUCUACUUCACCGAUCCCAUCUCCAGAAACUCUAUCACUAUGGCCCAAUGCUCUAAAGCCUUCUCAAAUCCGGACCCCAAUGUUUCACAUUCUGAUAAGAGCGGUCAACCUAUGGCCGCUUUUGGAUAA